AUCCUCUUGAGGACCACAAUGUCGGGCAGGAAAAGGGGCAAGGCCAGGAAACACGCCCAAAACAGGUUACCCAAUCAAUCCACAACAUCUGCUAUGGCUUUGCCCCAGCGUGAACACCAGCCACCACAAGAGGAAGUCAAAGCCCCUGAACCAGAGAGUGGUCCAGUGACUAUGGAGGAGAAACCACGAGGAGCAGAAGGAGAAGCUGCAGCUCAAGGAAACUCAAAGGAUUUGAAGGACACUAAAGAGAAGACUUCGAGGCUGUAUGACGACUACUCGUUGAAUACUAUACAGAACUUGGAACAUGUGUGGCAGUCAAAAACAGGUUCAGCAGGUGUAUCUACAGAGGUUUGUACAAACCAUAUCCGUGUGACAUCGCAGCUCCGGAAACUUGCCUAUACAUACCAUGUGUAUUACCACCCAAAAAUAGAAGGUGCAGCUGCGCAGAUGAUUUUACUGAAUCAGCAGAAGUCGAAGAUUGGAAAGUACUUUCUGCUGGAUGGAAGCUCAUUAGUGGUAUUCCAGAAACUGGAUAACAGGAACAUGAAUUUAAUCAGCCGGAAUGAUGACGGCAGCACCGUGGAGAUUACACUCGUGUUUAACACGGAGGUCCUGCCCACCUCUGUCGAUUACAUCCGCUACCACAAUAUCAUCAUGAGAAGAGUUCUGAAAUUGAUGAAUUUUGAACAGAUUGGUCGCAACUAUUUCAACCAUAACCAUGGCUAUGUGUUCCAGGAACACGGAAUGGAAAUCUGGCCUGGUUAUAGCACCUCUGUUCUGCCGUACGAAAACGGCCUUACCCUAUGUGUUGAUGCAUGUCACAAAGUUGUCCGAUUUGAAACUGCUUAUGAUGUAAUAUGCCGGUUACGUCAUUCCUUGCCACCGGAUAGAGUAAGGAAUAAAGUGGAGGAAGAACUAGUGGGAUGUGUUGUAAUCACAAGGUAAGUCCAAGUCACGUGGAUUACUUGCUCACAGGAGAAGGCCCUAAGGCUUCGUAGUCAUUGAGUGCCGCUGCAAUCUGGGAGUCAAAGGCGCAGGAACCUGGUAUGAUCAUAGUGUGAUCCAACACUCUGCUCUGGUUGCACUACCUGGGUGUAGAUGCUGCUGUCCUUACAGCCCCUAAUGUGACUUGCUGUAACCCACUAUUGGCACGUAACAGAACGUCUCUUCUCCCUGAGUUUCGUAACAGGGUGUAGGUGACUUGUGACCCAUCAGUAACUUUCAUUUGAAAAUAGUUGCAUUUUUAACUUCUAUGAAAAAGAUAUUAACUCAGUCAGAGAACGAAUUUCAAGAACCAGUGGCUUGGCAAAAAUGUUAAUGAAGUUGGAGAAUUUACGUUGCCCAACUUUGAAACUAGUGAUAAUUCUGUAGUCGUUCAGACAGACUCUCCUCGCGUAAGAGACAUACAGCUUAGCAGGAUAGUUGAGACGCCCUGGCUUAAGCCUCACACCCAGUGACUUUUGACAAGGAUGUCGAGACAAUUCUAAUGGGGAGUAAUAGUCACUUCAGUGAUGUUGCUGGGACAACUUAAUA